AUGCCCCUUUUCGUGACCGCGUCUGAGCAUCAGGGUGGAGGAGUGAACGCGCCCGGGCUGGAGGAUCAUGAUUCAAACUGGUUCCCGACGGAUGUGAUGUCCUUGCGGGCGGGCAGAGUCGAAACCACAAAGGAACUGCUGCAGAAGCUGCAAUGCAGCCAGGAAUGGUCCGCGCAACUCGCACGUGCGUCAGCUCCACGUGAUAGCUCGAGCCCUCUAUCCCUCGAUGAGACGGCCCAGGCCAGCAGACGUCUGAUUCAGUUUAAUAUUAUCGGCUGGAAGUAUUGGCUGGAUACCUAG